UCAAAACACUUCCGCUAUGCUCUCCAACUUGCCUUUCCACUGGAGCGGCCGGUGUGAGCAGAUACCAGGAGUGUACACCACGUAGCCCACAGGCGAAGAACAGAAAUAAAGAUGCCCCCAAAGAAGGGAGAAGCCCCGAAACAAAUUCCAUUAAUUGGACGAUUUGGAACCUCUCUGAAAAUUGGCAUUGUGGGAUUACCUAAUGUUGGGAAAUCCACUUUUUUCAAUGUGUUGACCAAAAGCCAAGCAGCUGCAGAGAACUUCCCGUUCUGCACAAUCGACCCAAAUGAGAGCAGAGUACCUGUCCCUGAUGAGCGCUUUGAUUUCCUCUGUCAGUACCAUAAACCAGCCAGUAAGGUUCCUGCUUUUCUAAACGUUGUGGACAUUGCUGGUCUGGUGAAGGGAGCUCACUCAGGACAGGGACUUGGAAACGCCUUCCUCUCCCACAUCAGUGCCUGCGAUGGCAUCUUCCACAUGACUCGUGCGUUUGAUGACGAGGAUAUCAUCCACGUGGAGGGUAAUGUUGACCCGGUGAGGGACAUCGAGAUCAUCCACGAGGAGCUGCGACUAAAGGAUGAGGAAAUGGUCGGUCCAAUCAUCGACAAACUGGAGAAAACCGCAGUCAGAGGAGGUGACAAGAAACUCAAACCUGAAUAUGAUAUCAUGCUGAAGGUAAAGAACUGGAUAGUGGACGAGAAGAAACACAUCCGAUUUUACCAUGACUGGAAUGACAAAGAGAUUGAGGUGUUGAACAAAUACCUGUUUCUGACAUCGAAGCCCAUGAUCUACCUGGUUAACCUCUCAGAGAAGGAUUACAUCAGAAAAAAGAACAAAUGGUUGGCGAAAAUCAAGGAGUGGGUAGAUGCCCACGACCCCGGUGCUCUGGUCAUUCCCCUGAGUGGAGCAGUUGAGGCUAAACUGCAGGACAUGGAGGAGGAGGAGUUGAAAAAGUACUGCGAGGAACAGAAGACACAGAGUGUUCUGACCAAAAUAAUAAAGACCGGCUAUGCAGCUCUACAGCUGGAAUACUUCUUCACAGCGGGACCAGAUGAGGUGCGAGCUUGGACCAUCAGGAAAGGCACCAGGGCUCCAGGAGCUGCAGGAAAGAUCCACACUGACUUUGAAAAAGGCUUCAUCAUGGCCGAGGUGAUGAAGUUCAAUGACUUCAAAGAGGAAGGCAGUGAAAAUGCAGUCAAGGCUGCUGGUAAAUACAGGCAACAGGGCAGGAACUACGUCGUGGAGGAUGGGGAUAUUAUCUUUUUCAAAUUCAACACACCCAAUGCACCCAAAAAGAAAUAAUGAGACCACACAGUCACCAGAGGGAGAUCUCAGAAUACAUUUUUUUGUCAGGGCCCCUGAGAGCUACAUUGUCUGCUGGUUUUUAUACCUCUCUCUUGAAUUCAGAGGAACAACUCGCUGCCCCCUCGGCCAGAAGUAUUUACUCAACUGGCCUCCCGGGCUUGGACCAGAAUCUAUUAAGAUGAUUACAUAAUAAUAACAUUUCUGUACAUUCCCAUCUGUAAUAUUUUAAGCAAAAGUUCAAAGGGCACAAACUGCACUGAAAGUCAAAUGUUUUUGAACACUAUAUUCUAGCAGUCAUUGCCUCCAGAAAGAAAAAAAAAUAGAUUUUUUUUUUUAAUUUUAUUGGGAAUGAUCUAAUCAGGAAACUGUUACAGACCGCAAAUUGCAUAUUCUUUUGUAACUCAUGUUAGCACAGUUUUAAUCAGGCCUAUUUUAAUCGGAGCUUUUUGAUCAUUUAAGUCACAAAUGCACAAAAAUUCUUGGUAAGACAAUCUAUAAAAUUUCUCUGAGAAAUUAGAGCUUCAGCCUCAGCCAUGAGUUGAUGAUUUCCUCUGUGAUAACUGCUGAUUAAUUUGCAAGUACUCUAGUUCUAACAAGACUUGUAAUUAGGGCUGUACUGGAGGCAGUUGUACUGGAUCAUUAACUAACCUCUGUAAUUGAAAUACAGGAGAACAGUGGUAACUUUAGUAAUUACAGUAUGUGUGCUACAGGUGCUUAAUUAGUCAUCAAAAUUGAGUCCGUCUUGAGUUACUUUUAGGUCUUUCCUUAGAAUAAAAAAAACAUUUCUCAGUGCAUUUACACAUUUUCCUUAAUUAAGCUUUAUUUUUAUGGUAUCCAAAGUAAAGUUCUAAUUACACUGCUUAAGAUUUAACCAAAAAAUUAAAAAUAUAUGUUGUCCAAAAACAUUUUGACUUGUCAGUGUAUGAACAUUUGAGAGAGAUUGAAAGCCGUCACUCAGUGUUGCGCCUCAGGGCAGGAAAGCUGCAUUCUGAGCAGGAGGGAUAUUGUUAUUUUUAGAAAGAGCAAAGCAGGCAUCCUCGCCAGUGCCUGAUCAGACACCUCAACAGAGAAUGUUGUUAUACACACUGCUUUUAUUGACUUUGUGUGGGCUGGUUAAAAAAAAAAAAACAUGACUCUUCUUCACGUUAUGAACUCCACCCUGCGUAAUAAGACAAUGCUUCAUUGUGAAUCUGAAAAAUUAUGGUUUGCUCUGGAUCGUCUGGACUGUAGAGCUUCAAACUGCAUCUUCGCCUCUUCCUCAAUGCCUCCACAGUGUGAAUGUCAUUCCUUUCGAGACUACUUACCAUCACAUAACCAUACAUUUUGCCAAAUUGUGGACGUAGAAAUCCUGCCCUCUUAAUGAACCAGAAUGAGUUUUUGAGGAAUGAGGUACAAUAUGUUAAAUAUGCUACUAUAAGGGAGCCAGAAUCUAAUAAAUGUCACGCUCAUCAGUAUGCAUGUGUCAAUAAAAGGAGACAAACCUCUGUCA